AUGCUAAAACUGAUAAUUUUCUUCGCGGUCGUCUCAUCCAUUUUCUGCGGAAAAUUGAGUGAAGAAUUCGAUGAAGAGAGAGCUGGAAUGUGUGGAAAGGCACUGACACCUGAGAAACCUAGCAAAAAUCCCGCCGAUGAUAAGGCUCCGUGGACUGUCGGCGUUAAUUUUGGAGAUUAUUUUUCAAGUGGAAUUCUCGUUUCUCCACGGCAUGUGCUUGCUCCUGGAUUAUAUGCUGUUAAUCAGCCGUCUCCAAAAAUAUGGAAAUGGAUAGACGAUGUUAAAGUAGACAUGUCAGAGUGUAAUGAUAACCAAAUGAAAAUCCCAAAGAAAACUCUGAAAAGCUUCUCUGUCAUAUUGAGUCUUUGUCGAGACCCAGAACAAUGUGGUACCAGGAUCAAACGUUCAGUUGUGGAGGGAUAUUAUCUCGGAAACUGUGUGAAUUCUGAGGUACCAUUUGGUAUGAUUCUUCUCGAAAUCAGCUCUAAUGUCCCACAGGACGAGCCAUUUUUCACACCGGUCUGUAUUCCAGCUGAAGAAAAAUCAGUUUUUAUUGGAGACACCGUUCAUUUUGAUUCCUUCAAAGUUGGUGAAAGCGGUGAAAUACAUAUCACUUCGGACUCUGCGAAUAUCGAAAAAUGUGGAGCAAGUAUUGGCCGCUUUGUGCAAUCGGUAUGUGGAAAACGAUCGGUUUGUAAUAAGGAAGCGAGAAGAGGGGCACUUGUGAAGAAGAUUGAGAAUCGAGAUACAGUCAUUGCAAUCAUGUGGGAAGAGGAUGAUAAGUGCAAGACUGAACAUUAUGUUUCUGUGGGAUUCUUCAAGGAUAAGCUCUGCAAUUUGGCUGGAAUUUGUAAAGCAACGUACACUGCCGAGGAAUCAUCUGCAUCUUCUAUCCAAUUUUUCUUCUUUGGAUUUUUCAUUAUUCUUGGAUCUUUCGCAAUUCUUUGA